AUGCCAUUAUCAGAAGACUUUGGAUCUUCUGGUAAGAAAGAAACCUCGCCGGAUUCCAUUUCGGUACGUUCCUUUAGUGCUGGGAACAACCUUCAGUCAUUGACAAGUGAAAAAAGUUAUUCCAGAGACUCAACCGGGAACGACAAACUUAUACAUAGAUUUGUGGACUCAUUUAAAAGGGCAGAAAGUAGCACUACAAAGACCAAGCAAAUAAACGAGAACACUUCAGAUUUAGAAGAGGAUGUUCAUUCCUUUACGUCGGACUCCAACUUGAAAAAGUCCAUGAAAUCCCGUCACGUCGUCAUGAUGUCGCUGGGGACAGGUAUCGGUACGGGUCUUUUGGUUGCUAAUGCUAAGGGUCUUCAUUACGGUGGGCCAGCCGCAUUGGUUAUCGGCUAUGUUUUAGUUUCCUUUGUCACAUAUUUCAUGAUUCAAGCUGCUGGUGAGAUGGCUGUCACUUAUCCGACUCUACCAGCAAAUUUCAAUGCAUACUCCUCCAUAUUCGUCUCCAAGCCGUUUGGGUUCGCCACAGUAUGGCUUUACUGUUUCCAAUGGCUAACCGUUUUACCCCUAGAGUUAAUCACCGCAUCCAUGACAGUUCAAUUUUGGAACGAUAAAAUCAAUGCUGAUAUUUUCAUUCUAAUCUUCUUUGUUUUCUUACUUUUCGUCCAUUUCUUUGGUGUGAAAGCAUACGGUGAGACAGAGUUUAUUUUCAACUGUUGUAAAAUUUUAAUGAUAGCGGGCUUCAUCAUUCUUUCCGUUGUCAUUAACUGUGGUGGUGCCGGAAAUGAUGGUUACAUUGGUGGCAAAUAUUGGCGUAAUCCAGGUGCAUUUGCUGGUGACUCUUCGGCUUCCAGGUUCAAAAACAUUUGCUAUAUUUUAGUUACCGCCUAUUUUUCGUUUGGUGGUAUGGAAUUAUUUGCAUUAAGUGUUCAAGAACAGGAGAAUCCAAGAAAGUCGACCCCUGUGGCAGCUAAGAGAAGCAUAUACCGUAUCCUCAUUAUCUACCUUUUAACUAUGAUUUUGAUUGGGUUCAAUGUUCCGUAUAAUGACGAUCAAUUGAUGGGAUCUGGCGGGUCCGCUACACACGCAUCUCCCUAUGUGUUGGCAGCCUCCAUCCAUGGUGUCAAAGUUGUUCCACAUAUUAUCAAUGCUGUUAUUUUAAUUUCUGUCAUUUCAGUGUCCAACUCCUCCCUAUAUGCGGGCCCAAGAUUAAUGUGCUCUUUGGCCCAGCAAGGCUACGCACCCAAAUUCUUAGAUUACAUCGACAGAGAGGGUAGACCAUUAAGAGCUUUAAUUGUGUGUAGUAUUUUUGGCACCGUUGCGUUUGUCGCAGCCUCGUCCAAGGAAGAGGUCGUGUUUACAUGGCUAGCAGCCAUCGCAGGUUUGAGUGAACUAUUCACCUGGACUUCCAUCAUGUUAUCUCACUUUCGUUUUAGACAAGCAAUGAAAGUACAAGGAAGAUCUUUAGAUGAGUUAGGAUAUAAAGCUACAUCCGGUAUUUGGGGUUCCGCAUACGGGGUCUUCUUCAAUAUCUUGGUGUUCAUUGCUCAAUUCUGGGUGGCCUUGGCCCCCUUGGGUAAUGGUGGUAAAUGUAGUGUGGAGUCCUUUUUCGAGAGCUAUCUGGCUGCUCCAAUUUGGCUAGCUUUCUACCUCGGGUAUAUGAUCUACAACCGCGAUUUCACCUUUUUGAACCCCCUCGACAAGAUCGAUCUAGACUUCCACAGACGUGUUUACGAUCCAGAGCUGAUGAGACAAGAAGAUUUGGAAAAUAAAGAAAGAAAAAAACACAUGCCGCUAAUGAAAAAGGCUUACCUUUUCUGGUGUUGA